UCAUUCCUCACGCAGCUCUAUCAUAUUCUAUCCAAGCUCAACUACUCCAACUUGGUGAGUGCUACUCUUUUCCGAGUACAUAGGAAUGGGUUUCCAAUUGCAUUUUAUGCUUAUGGCUUCAUUUUUUCAGUAUUUUGAGGGAUCGAUUUUUAAUUUUAUGUUCAACAAAGGUUAGCAUUUAGAGCUUCUGGGUUUAUUUACACGCACGAAAAACCCCAACAUUAGACUUGUCCGAUGUUUAAUUGGUCGCCAAUUAUGAUUCGUUUUGUCCCCCUAUUCAACGAAGUUUGGCAUUUGACUAGAUCGUAUGUGUUUGCAAUUACAAUCGAUUCUUUAUGAUUUGUUUAUGCAUUUGUGAUAACAAUGAUUUAUUUUGUAAAGUUCUUCCUUCAUAUAGCUUGAAUUGUUGUGUUGUUUUAUCGAUUGAACUCGUUAUAUAUGGUAGUGCAAUGUCCGACUCUAAGCGUCCGAAGACCACCGGGGAUGAUAACCAGGGUGAUGCAAGGGUGAAUGCAUAUCUUAACCGAUACCGAAAGGCUAAGGGCGACCGAACUCGUAGAAGUUGGACUGAUCGGGAAGAGGAAAUCCUCGUGACUGCAAUGAGGGACCUGUCAGCAAGUGGCUGGAAGACCGAUAAUGGAUUCCGGUCUGGAUUUACUGGAAGGCUCCAUGAUGCUAUUAAGCAAAGGUUUCCAAACACUGACAUCAAGAUCUGCCCUCAUAUCAAUUCCAAAAUCAGUGCUUGGAAGAAAACGUACUCUUCAUUGGUUGGUAUUCUUGCCCGGAGUGGCGUUGGAUUCAACACAAACAAUGACUGCAAGAUAGACUGUGAUGACGAUCAAUGGGAGCAGAUCGUGAAGUGUGACCCGAAUGCGAAGUUCAUGAGGGGCAAGAGUUGGCCAUACUUGGAGCAUUGGCAAAUCAUUUUCGGUAAGGAUAGAGCUACUGGCGCAUUCACUGAGGACUUGAUGGAGGCUGUGAACAGUCUCUACACUCAGGGCAGCUUGCAUUCCCCAGGUGGAUCUUAUGGUCAGUCCAUCAGCCUAGCUGAUGACAUAUCUCAUGUGCCUUCGCUUGGAACUGUGCCUCCAGAUGGAACCGUGCCUCCGGCUGGAACCCCCCUAUGGAAGGUGUAGCUGAUAGCACUGGGCAGAGUACUGGUCACAAAGGCACGUCAGAUGGUGGUGCGAAGAAACGGAAGAGUGACAAGAAUGACACAAGCGUAGACGGACUGAUUGAGAUGCUCGGGAAGAUGAAUCACGACACCAAUGCCCGGCUGGAUUGUCUUUCCAAACGGAUAGGCUAUGAGUUCGAUUUGAGUAAGGCACGGAAGGAUGUAUAUGUGGAACUGGGCCGCAUACCUGGGCUGUCGCGGGUACAGAAGUUUAAUGUCGGGGAAAUCAUCCUUGAGAAGGUAGAGCGCCUUGACUUCUUCCUUGGAAUGCCGGAUGAGGACCGUCUAGCUUAUGUUGUGCAUGCGCUCGCCAAGUAUGGGUAGUGAAGUGUCCGGGCAACAAAUAUUUUUGAGGGAUAUGCCAAUACAUGAUUCCCUUCUUUUGACUGAUUAACUAUUUGGAGCAUAUGUUGGUCAUUUAUCAUAGUUGCUUGUGAAGCAAACUUAAAACCUUGAACUGCCUUCUUUUGACAUCCUAACUAUUUGGACCAUAUGUUGGGCAUUAGUGUAGGUAAGCAAUGGAUGUAUUUUGGUAUUGGUAAUCCCUACUUCAUGCGCCAUAUUAUGAAUAUUAAGCUGUAAUUGUUGACACUAGUGUAUCAGGUUGCUAAAUUAUGAUGCUGCUGAAGCAAUCAUUUGUUUA